AUGCACAUUUCUCGCAUCAUUGCACACGCUGCUCUCGCCGCAACGGUUGUCUCUUUGGCUGCGUCGACGGCUGAUGCCAACUGGAACUGGAAAACAAAGAGUCAACACAGUCACAAUGUUCAGCCAAACGGUGUGGCUAAGGCUUCGCAUGCUCAGCGCAACCAUGGAGGUGGUCUUCGUGGUUCGCUGUUGGGCCUGAUGAACGAAGUCCGAGACGUAUACGACAGCCAAGACUCCUUCAUCCAAGAAAUCAUCCAUCGCCACGAUGACUACGAGGAAGAGGAGCUGGAGCACGCGAAGACGAACAAUGGAGACUUUGAAAAGGAAGACGACGAGGACCGACACGACGAGGACCGACACGACGAGGAUGACCACGAAGAUACUGAUCAGGACCAGUACCUUCAGGAGGAGCCGAUCGUACACGCUGACGAAGGCAUCCACUCGAUCACAGUGCCGUCGGUGCAGAAUAUCUCCCCUCUGUCUUACACACCAACUGACGAAGAGCACAAAGAAGUCACUGAUGAGGACCAGCAUCUUCAGGAUGAAAAGGUCGUGCACGCUGAAGAGGACAACCACUCGAUCACGGUCCCGUCAGUGCAGAAUAUCUCCCCUCUGCCUUACACACCAACCGACGGAGAGCACCGCGAGGUUACUGAUGAGGACCAGCAUCCUCAGCAGGAGCAGAUCGUGCACGCUGAAGAGGACGACCACUCGAUCACGGUGCCGUCGGUGCAGAAUAUCUCCCCUCUGUCUUACACACCAACUGACGAAGAGCACAAAGAAGUCACUGAUGAGGACCAGCAUCUUCAGGAUGAAAAGGUCGUGCACGCUGAAGAGGACAACCACUCGAUCACGGUCCCGUCAGUGCAGAAUAUCUCCCCUCUGCCUUACACACCAACCGACGGAGAGCACCGCGAGGUUACUGAUGAGGACCAGCAUCCUCAGCAGGAGCAGAUCGUGCACGCUGAAGAGGACGACCACUCGAUCACGGUGCCGUCGGUGCAGAAUAUCUCUCCUCUGCCUUACACACCAACUGACGAAGAGCACAAAGAAGUCACUGAUGAGGACCAGCAUCUUCAGGAUGAAAAGGUCGUGCACGCUGAAGAGGACAACCACUCGAUCACGGUCCCGUCAGUGCAGAAUAUCUCCCCUCUGCCUUACACACCAACCGACGGAGAGCACCGCGAGGUUACUGAUGAGGACCAGCAUCCUCAGCAGGAGCAGAUCGUGCACGCUGAAGAGGACGACCACUCGAUCACGGUGCCGUCGGUGCAGAAUAUCUCUCCUCUGCCUUACACACCAACUGACGAAGAGCACAAAGAAGUCACUGAUGAGGACCAGCAUCUUCAGGAUGGACCGAUCGUGCACGCUGAGGAGGACAACCACUCGAUCACGGUCCCGUCAGUGCAGAAUAUCUCCCCUCUGUCUUACACACCAACUAACGAGGAGCACAAAGAAGUCACUGAUGAGGACCAGCAUCUUCAGGAUGGACAGAUCGUGCACGCUGAGGAGGACAACCACUCGAUCGCAGUUCCGUCGGUGCAGAAUAUCUCUCCUCUGCCUAGCACACCGACUUACGAGGAGCACAACGAAGUCACCGAUGAGGACCAGCAUCCUCAGCAGGAGCAGAUCGAACGCGCUGACGAGGACAACCACUCGAUCACGGUCCCGUCAGUGCAGAAUAUCUCCCCUCUGCCUUACACACCAACCGACGGAGAGCACCGCGAGGUUACUGAUGAGGACCAGCAUCCUCAGCAGGAGCAGAUCGUGCACGCUGAAGAGGACGACCACUCGAUCACGGUGCCGUCGGUGCAGAAUAUCUCCCCUCUGUCUUACACACCAACUGACGAAGAGCACAAAGAAGUCACUGAUGAGGACCAGCAUCUUCAGGAUGGACCGAUCGUGCACGCUGAGGAGGACAACCACUCGAUCGUAGUGCCGUCGGUGCAGAAUAUCUCCCCUCUGUCUUACACGCCAACCGACGAAGAGUACCAUGAAGUCACUGAUCAGAAGCAGUCCGCUUAG